GAUAUGUCGGUGACAAUAUUGGAUGGGAAGUGCGUGGCCUGCGCUGGCGAUACCAUCGUCAGACCAUGCCCCCAGAGGUGGUCACUGUUGGGCCACAUGGGCUUGUUUCUGGGCUUUGAAGGAAGUCUGAUCAGCCAUGAAUCACUAUGGGAGCUAUUCUGUCACAUGUUUGCCAGCUUUUCCAUGGUAAAAAGCGUGAGUUCGUUGAAGGUAUAGUGUGCCAGGCAGAUGAGCUUGAAGAUGAUGAGAUGCGUAUCUGUGACCUGGCUGGUGAGGGGCGUAUCCUGGUCGUCAAACACCAGGGGCAGAUCUCCGCCCUGGGCACCAAGUGCUCCCAUUACGGCGCCCCCCUGGAUAAGGGUGUGGUCUCCAAUGGCAGGAUCCGCUGUCCUUGGCAUGGUGCCUGUUUCAACGUCAGCACUGGAGACAUCGAGGAUUUCCCGGGACUCGACGGCAUCCCUUGCUACCAGGUUGAAGUGGGUGAUAGCGGUGACGUGAAAGUCCGCGCUAAAAGACAGCAUAUUCAUGAGAACAAGUGCACCAAACAGCUGGGCAAGAGAUCCGAUGAGUGCAAGGAUGUGGCACUGGUCCUCGGCGGCGGUGCGGCGGGCGCCAGCUGCGUGGAGGCGCUGCGGGAGAGCGGCUUCAAAGGCCGGGUCGUGCUAGCGACCAAGGAGAAGUACCUGCCGUACGACCGGCCCAAGCUCAGCAAGGCCCUGGACAUGGAGGCCGAGAAGAUGCAGCUUCGCUCCACCGCGUUCUACGAGGCCAGUGACAUCGAAGUGCUGACAGAACACGAAGCGACGUCUGUUGACAAGGACGAGCGCAAAGUGUGCUUCAAGAACGGCGCGGAGUUAACCUACACCAGCCUGGUCGUGGCCACCGGCAGCAGGCCGCGCGUGCUGGCCGUGCCCGGCUCCGACCUGGAAAACGUCUGCGUCCUGCGCAGUCCCGAGGACGGCAACGCCGUGGCGGCCCGGCUCCUGGGCAGGGACGUCGUCAUCAUCGGCAGCAGCUUCAUCGGCAUGGAGGUGGCCGCGUACUGCCAGGGCAAGGCAGCCAGCGUGGUGGUGGUGGGCUCGAGCUCCGUGCCGUACGAACGCUCCCUGGGCCCCAAGAUCGGCGCCAUGCUGCAGGCCAUGCACGAGGCCAAGGGCAUCGUCUUCAAAAUGGGCCUGAGCGUGCGAGAGUUCAAGGGCGAGUCGGGCCGGCUGACCCAGGUGCUGUUGACGGACGGCUCGGAGCUGCCGGCCGACGUGUGCCUGAUGGGCGUCGGCGUCACGCCCUGCACCGAGAUGCUCAGAGACGUGGUCAAGCUGGACAAACAUGGAAACGUCGUCGUGGACAAGCGGCUGCGGAGCUCGGCAGACGGGAUCUACGCGGCCGGCGACAUCGCGUCCUUCCCGCUGCCACUGGCCGACGACGAGCUGGUGGUGAUGGGGCACUGGCAGCUGGCGCACUACCACGGCCGCGUGGCCGGCCGCAACGCCGCGGGGCUGCAGACCGACGUCAGCACCGUGCCCUUCUUCUGGACACAGCUGUUCGGCAAGAGCAUCCGGUACACGGGCUACUGUCCCAAGUUCGACGACGUCAUAUUCGACGGCGACGUGGACGAGCAGAAGUUCGUGGCGUUCUUCUGCCAGGGCGACAAGGUGAAGGGCGUGGCCUCCAUGAACCGGGACCCGGCGGCCGCGCGCUGGGCCGAGCGCAUGGCCGCCGACGGCUACCCUAGCAAGCAGCGCGUGAUGGAGGAGCUGGCGGAGAAGAGGGCGGCCGAGUAGGGGCCGGCGCCGCCGCCCCCUGCCGCUGUGUGGGCGGCGGGGUCCGCCUCUGGCGCGGCAGGGCGCCACGGUCGGUACGCGCCCGGUCUGCAAGGGCGUGUUGGUGGUGCUCAUCUGCAGAACCGCCGGAGCAUCUGUUGUAUUGCGACGUGUGUCUUCCGACCUUGGGUGGUGAGAUGGUGGUGGGUCGUCGCUGAGUCUAUAUCCUGGGGCCAAUUCGUUCUGUUUCCGUCCUGAUCUGGUUGUGUAGCCUUCGUUAUCAAGUGCACGAUGGGAACAGGGUCGAGCGCAGUUGCUUUAUCGCACAUCAGAGACGUAAAUGAGCUAUAUAC